CCCAUUCGACCAGCGAUGCUGUGCUGUCUCCGGAAAUAGAGUACGUCCGACGUAACCGAGUGCACAGACGCGAUUUUCUCGACGUUACCCACAUGACGGCCAUUUAAUUGCGUGUAGAUGUGUUUUGUGUCCGUACAACGACGGAUCGGGUGCGCGAGUGUGAGUGCAAAUGACUAAAUAGCCUGGAUAACCAGGCUUAACAUUAAACAUGUGGACCAAGAGGUUAAAGUUAUGGAGGUAUUUGUUGUGCAUGUUGUUUGCCGUGUCGACGCUCGCGCUCGCUGCGAGAGCCGAUGACGACGUACCUUUAGAAUCACAAUGCCGUCCGUACAUCGAGAAAGCUCUUAAAGAGCUAGAGUCAGGAGAUACAGAACCAGAUACAGAAGAAAAACAAGAUUCUAGUGAAAUAAGUAUAGAUAAUGACACAAAAGAAGACAUUUCAACGGAAGAUGGAGCUGCUUUACCAGACGAUGAUAGUAAAGAGCAAGCUGACAGUCAAGAAGUAGAAGAUGCUCCAUCUGUAGAAGUAGCUGAUGAGCCGUACAUGUCUCAAGUCUCUUACGAAGACGAACAAGAAGUCUCAGCCGACAACGAAUCGAAAGAAGAUAAUAAAGGGGAGGAGAAUGAAACUGGAGAAGAGAGCGCCGAACAAACAGCAGAUGAAGGUGGAGACAGCAAAGAAACAGCAUCUGCUGAUGAGCAAGAAGACGAAAAAGAUAGUGGUGAGGAAAUAGGACAAGCCGAAACACAGGAAGAAAGUACUGAACAAUCACAAGAAGAAGCUCCUGAAGACGAUGGCAGUAAAGAGGAUACCCAAGAAGAUACUCAGGACGAUACACAAGAUAGUAAAGAAGGAGAGGAAGACAGCAAAGAGGAAGCUGGAUUAGAAGAAGAAAGUAAGGAAGGCGCAGAAAGUGAAGAAGCUGAAACGGCAUCUUUAGAAGAGGAAGGAAAAGCGGAAGAAUCCGAGGAAGCAUCACAAGAAGAACCAGCUGCUGAACAGGAAGUUGAAGAAGGCGAUGAUAGUAAAGAAACAAAAUCAGAAGAAGAAGAUGGAUCUCAAGAAAAGCCUGAAACAGAUGAAACAGUAGAAGAAAGCCAGGAGGUGGCUGAGGAAUCUCAAGAAGAAGGAGACAAAUCUCAAGAAGAAGGUGACAAAUCUCAAGAAGAAGGUGACAAAUCUCAAGAAGAAGAAGACAAAUCUAAAGAAGAAGAAGGUGAAUCCGUGGAACAAAAAGAAGAAUCUCAAGAAAAGGAUGUCUCAGCAGAACAAGGUGAAGAAGAUGUAGCAGAGAAAAGCGAAGAAACUGACGCUGCGGAAGGUGAAACUGAAGGUGGUGAAGAAGGACAAGAGCCAUCUGAAGAAGCUGCUUCGGAAGAGGAGGCUGAAGGCGCUCCUGAGGAAGAUUUGUUACUGACUGGUGAAAUUCCCGAAAACUUAAGAAGCCGAGACCAUAUCAUCCAAAUAUUGCGUUUGGACGAGGAAGCAAGUGAAUCAGAACUUAUCAUCGAGAAAUCAGCUGAUAUCGUUCUUCGAGAUUUGAAGAGGGUCUAUGAGAAUUCCAUAAAACCUUUAGAGGGACUUUAUAAGUAUAGAGACUUGAGCAACAGGCACUUUGGCGACCCCGAAAUAUUCUCUAAACCUCUAGUCUUAUUUAUGGGACCUUGGAGUGGCGGAAAGUCGAGUAUUUUGAAUUACCUUACAGGAUUGGAAUUUACCGAGUGGUCACUAAGAACAGGCGCAGAACCGUCUCCAGCAUACUUCAAUAUUUUGAUGCACGGUAAAGAUCCAGAAGUAUUGGACGGCACGCAAUUAGCCGCUGACUGGACUUUCUCAGGGCUGCAGAAAUUCGGACAAGGAUUAGAAGAACGUUUAAGAGGAUUGAAAUACCCCAGUAAAUUAUUAGAAAAGGUCAAUAUUGUGGAAAUUCCUGGAAUACUGGAAGUACGGAAACAAGUUUCCCGUGUCUUCCCAUUCAAUGACGCUUGUCAGUGGUUCAUUGACCGUGCCGAUAUUAUAUUCCUUGUUUACGACCCAUCCAAACUUGAUGUUGGACCUGAAACUGAGGCUAUUCUCGACCAACUGAAGGGCAGGGAAUCUCAGACACGCAUCGUCCUCAACAAAGCGGAUAGCGUGAAGCCAGAAGAGCUGAUGCGGGUACAGAGCGCUCUGAUCUGGAACAUUUCGCCCCUCAUGAGCUCCCCCCAACCGCCAGUAAUGUACACAGUGUCUCUGUGGUCGAUACCGUUUGAGGCGACCGCUCCGGUGCGCUUGCUGCAGGCCCAAGAGCGGGAGCUCUUGAGGGACCUGAGGCAAGCUGUGGAUAAGCGCAUUGAGAAUAAGAUCGCGAGCGCUAGACGAUUUGCGGUGCGCGUGAGGAAUCACGCAAAGAUGGUCGACUGCUAUCUCACAACAUAUUACAACCACAAGACCAUUUUCGGCAACCGGAAACUCAUCGCUGAUGCUAUUAUUGAAAAUCCUCAGAACUAUCACAUCUACGAGGGUCUCAGCACACUUACUAACAUUUCUAGGUAUGACCUCCCCGACCCCGAGACGUACCGGGACUUCUUCCGGCUGAACCCGCUGUACGAAUUCCAGCAGUUGUCAGCCACGUGCACGUACUUCCGCGGCUGCCCCAUCAACAAGCUGGACGUCGCCAUCGCCUACGACCUGCCCGAGCUCGUCGGCAAGUACAAGAAGAUGGUGGAGACCGCCACGCCCCAGGGCAUGCCCAAGAGUUGAACACCCCGCGACCGCACCCGCUUCUCAUUCUAGCGAAUGGAACGACCCACCUUUUGGGCACAUUUUGCAUUUCUCUCACCAAUUCGGCGACGAUCAAUUUUUUUUUAAAUCGCAUUUCGAUUUACAUCCAUUCGUUGUUAAUGUUUAUUUGCUUCAAUACUCGCUUGUUCAUACUCUCGACGUGAAUGAUGUGACGUGAAUUUGUGUUUUUCAUUUUGAUUUCGUAGUACCUUUAGCGAACGGACACUUCCAAUAUCCUCAUUAACACCUCACUUCUAUUCGUGGCGGAACGUAAUUUUUUAUUAAUCUAGUCAUUAUUAUAAAGUUUGUUAGUGAAAUAUAAAUACUUUUAUUUAUUGAAUUGAAAUGCACUAUAGUUAAAAUCCACUCGCAUAUUAAUUAUAGUGCGGUCUCUACCCAUGUCUUUGUUAGAAUAAGACUUGACUAUUAAGUAAUAAAUAAAAAUACAGGAAAAUAA